UAUAUCUAUCUGUGUGUGUAUGUGUGGGAAACUGGCCAAUAAGUGUUAUGUCAUUUUUAGAUUACAGAAAUGGGGUGGAGUGUCACUCUUCUGCUGAUCUCAGGGUUCUCCACACUUCAUACAAACCUCUGUGCCGAGAUUUAUUUUCUGAACAUGAGUAAGAAGUGGACUGAAGCACAGUGUUACUGCAGAGAGAACUACACUGACCUGGUUACCAUUGACAACCCAGAGGAAAUGAACAGAGUGAUUAACAGGGUAAACCUCACUGGUUAUACUGGACCAGCCUGGAUAGGACUGGAGAAGGGAAACUCAUGCAAGUGGCAGUGGUCCCUGGAAGAGAGACGUCUCCACAGUGAUGGACAGACUGGGUUCUCAAACUGGGACAGCGGUCAACCUGACAAUUAUGAGGGAAAAGAACAUUGUGUACAGAUGUAUCCAUCAGGAAAAUGGAAUGAUAUUUCCUGCGAUAAGACAUUUUCAUUUGUUUGCUAUAAUGAAAGUGGUGAAGGUGACCAGAGAUACAUCCCGAUUAAUGGUACAAAGACAUGGAAAGAUGCUCAGACAUACUGCCGAGAGAAUCACACAGACCUGGUCAGUGUGAGGAACCAGACUGAGAAUGAUCUCAUACACAACAUGACUAAAAGUGGAACCUGGGUGUGGAUCGGUCUGUACAGAGACUACUGGCAGUGGUCAGACCAGAGAAACUCCUCAUUCCGCUACUGGAAAUUAGGGACACCGGACAAUGGUGAUGGAAAUCAAUGUGCUGUGGCCUGGAUGACAGCGACAGAUAAGGGACGAUGGGAUGAUCAGAAAUGUAAUGGAAAGUACCCAUUUAUCUGCUAUGGAGUUCCGCUCAUCCUGGUCCAAGAGAAUAAGACCUGGAAUGAAGCUCUGAACUACUGCAGACAGAACUAUGUGGACCUGGUAUCUGUCCAUGAUGAUAAGAUGCAGCAGUGGGUGAAGGGGAAGGCUAGAAAUGCCACCAGUGCCCAUGUGUGGUUGGGUCUGCGCUUCUCCUGUGUCCUGAACUUCUGGUUCUGGGUCAGUGCAGAACCUGUCUGCUAUGUCCACUGGUCUUCAUGUAAUGGGACUGGAACUGGACACUGUGGGAACACUGGGGCUGUCCAAUCUGGAGGAGGACAUCAGUGGGUCAGCCUGCCUGACACUGAAGAGCUCAACUUCAUCUGUGUCACAUGUUAAGGGAUUCAGACCAGAUCAACACAGUAAUAUACAUACACACACACAUUAACUCAAGCCACUUGUCCCAAGUGGGGUUCCG